AUGCGUCCGAAGACGCUGUGGGAGAAAUUCAAGCCCAUUGCUUGGCUUCAGUGUGCAACAGGAUCCCUUCCUCUUUCUGGCAUCGUCGAUGCCGAGUCUCCCUCUCACCGCAUCUUCAGCCUCCCCUUCUGCUACUGCCUCCUCCACUUCGGAUUGUUUUCCUACAUGUUCUUUUCGCAUUUCUCCCUCAAUGCAGAAGUCGCUGAAGCGGAAGUUUUAGCUAUGGAUACGAGUAUCUUCAGAGCACACACAACGCGUGCUUUGUUCCGUUUUACCCAACUGUAUGCUCUCUUCUCUCAAGCCUACCUCUUGCUGUUCGGAAAGCGAUUGGAGAAGUUGUUCAUGAUGUUCACGAAGUUAGGUCCAUCAGGUUUCGGUUCUAUGUCCCUUCGGAUUCCUCUCAUCCUCGAAUUGCUGGGUUUUGCGACACACGUCUUGGCUGCUCUGCUUCUCGGAUUUCCUUACUAUUCGUCCAAUCCAACCAGAUUGAUUCCUCAAUUGAUGAUUGCUCUUCAAUGCAACUGUUUUACGGUGAUGUUCCUCGCCUUUUGUCUCGAAAUCGGAUCGAUCGUGGAAGCGGAAGCAACGAAGCUGGUCGAAACAGGCUUUCAGUCCAGCAGUGUGAAAGUUCUGACCUGGAGGUACAAGGAAGUGCGGAUGCUGGCUGAGGAAAUCUCAGGAGUCCUGUGCUACCCACUCCUCCUGACGCUUCUCGACUCUUUCCUCACCAUUUUCUCCACUCUCUACUUCACCAUCGCCACGCUGGAUGACCUGGGCACUCAGCCUCCCGUGCUGCUCAUCGUGGGUUGGGCUUCAGAGUUUCUCUAUCACGUUCUCCGGCUCAUUGCGAUCACUUCUGGACCGCAGUUCGUCAUUUUCAAGGUGCAGAAACUUCACCAGGCUCUCUUCCUUCGAGAGGAAGCAACUCCCGAGGUGGAGAAAGCCGUCAGCCUCGUUCACGAUUAUCCCAUCGAGUUCGAUCUCUCCGGGCAUUUCGGGUUGAAUCGGGGCAUCCUCGUCACGAUGCUGAAAGCGUCGGUGGCGUACAUGGCCAUCCUGCUCCAAUUCGACGUUCCGCCGCACUAGAUGAGGACUCCCAGCGGAUGGCCAGCGGAGAAAAAAGUUUGCAAGGAG